AAGUAAAUGAUUAAACAGCUAUCUAUCGAAUAUCGAACACUUGAAAAUGGGGCAGCAGCCAUUUUGGUUUUUUCUUGAACUUUGUUAUGUUGCUAUUUUCUUAGUGGCUUUGAGGCCAAAUAGGGUUGCAGGGUGCAGGAAAGAAGAGUUUGAAUCCGCCAUAGGUGAUCCGGGGAUGAAAAGAGAUGAUCUCAGAGUAGCAAUUGAGGCAUGGAACCAGUGCAACGAGGUUCACAAAGAAGCCCCUCAAAUGGGAAGCCCCAGGCGAGCUGAUUGCUUUGAUCUCCACAAACACACUUGUCCAACUUCACAUGUCAAGUUGGUUCACAAGGUAAAGAAAAAAGACAAUAAGCUUGGCAUAGCAAAUGCUAGAGCCCAAGGCUUCAAGAACAUCAGUGUCGAUCAUUACGCAGCCUGGAAAGAGCUAUUCUUGGGUAAGAAAUGCCAGGUGAAAGACAAGCCAAGGCCCUGGCAAUUCUGGAUGAUUAUGCUGAAGAGUGGAAACACAGACACAUUAGCUGCUAUUUGUCGCAAAGAUGGCAAGAAAUCCAAGCCAUUUCCACCGGGGCCUCGUUUUCCAUGCUUUGGCAAAGGUUGUAUGAACAUGCCGAGGAUAUAUCAUCAGUAUACUAAAGUGCAGAAGCAUAAAAAACAUAGGAAAAAUCUCAGAGGAAGUUUUUUCGGUACAUGGGAUUUGGACAUGGAUAUAAAAAACGCAGCUUGUAGGAAUGACACUUCGUAUUAUUCAGUUGUGUGGAAGAAGAAGAUUGGCAAGGGAAGUUGGGUUUUUCAUCAUCUUCUCAAGACAUCAUCCAAGUACCCCUGGUUAAUGCUCUACUUGAGAUCAGAUGCCACAAGGGGAUUCUCUGGGGGCUACCAUUACCAAACCAGAGGAAUGUCCAAAAUUAUUCCCAAAUCACCACAUUUCAAAGUCAAAUUCACAUUGAAAAUAAAGAGAGGAGGAGGUCGAAAUAGCCAAUUCUACCUCAUGGACAUAGGUAGCUGCUGGAAAAACAAUGGAAAACGUUGCAAUGGAGAUGUGACCACAGACGUUACGCGAUACAGUGAAAUGAUUAUAAAUCCCAGCACACAAUCCUGGUGCAAACCAAGUGAUAUCAGUAAGUGCCCCCCUUACCACACCUUUCCAAAUGGAACUCGAGUUCAUCGCGGUGAUAAGGAACGCUUUCCUUAUGAUGCUUACCACCUUUACUGUGCUCCCGGCAAUGCUAAGUAUCUUGAGGAACCAUACAACCUAUGUGAUCAUUAUAGCAAUCCUCAGCCUCAGGAAAUAUUGCAGAUCCUACCUCAUCCUGUUUGGGGAGAUUAUGGAUAUCCGACAAGGAAGGGUGAAGGCUGGAUCGGGGAUGCAAGGACUUGGGAACUUGAUGUUGGAAGACUUUCACAAUCUCUUCAUUUCUACCAGGAUCCAGGCACUAAACCAGCGAAGAGACAUUGGCCAUCUGUGGACUUGGGAACUGAGAUUUAUCUCAGUGGCAAUGAAAUAGCUGAAUGGAGUGUAAGUGACUUUGACAUAAUAGUUCCAAAGAAACACUAUCGCGAUUUUCGGUGAACGAACAUUG